AUGGAACUUAAAAUGAUGGGCUCUUUGAGACGUAAUCAAAAGCUCAAUUAUGUGAUUCGAUUGUGGAAGAGAUAUGUUCCUAUAGAUCGAAUACUCGCUCAGAGAAUAUUUAAGUCUACUAUCAAUUCCACAGUUGCUUUAAUAUUUUGUUUGAUACCGAAAGUUAGAAAUCAUCUAGGCACUGAACCUGUAAUGUUACCAUUAAUAUCAGUCAUUGUUCAUCCUGGUAGGAGGGUCAGUGGUACUAUACAAGGUGCUGUGUAUUGUAUAACAGGUCUUAUAUUUGGCCUGGCUUAUGCUUUAUUCGGUAAAUUCAUCGCAAUGCAAUGCAUUGGACCUACAUGGAGGACCCUUAGUGGAGAAGAACAGUACAAAAAUAAUUUUAGGAGGUAUGAAUCGGGUCUAGCCAUACUAGCAAUAUUCGAAAUGUUUAUGCUUUUCUUCCACGGUUGGAUGCGUUCGGUGUCACAUCACUAUUUUGCUAUUGUGUUUCCUUUAUUCUUAGUGGUCCAUUUCACUUUUUUGGCUCCUAUUACAUAUGACUAUGGUGUGAUUGCAAAUUCAUUUAGCACUCCAUUUUAUAUGGGUAUUGCAAUGUCUUUGUUUUGGAAUAUUGUUUUAUUUCCGGAAUUCGGCAGUACCUAUCUAGGUAAUGCUGCCAUAGACGCUUUGAAUGAAAUUCAUAAAGAUAUUAAUGAAUCUAUUAAGUUUUUUAUUUGUUUAGGUAUAGGUGAUGAUGAGACUAAAAAUCAUAAGAAUAAGAAUAAUAAUAAUAAUAAUAAUAAUAAUAAUAAUAAUAAUAAUAAUAAUAAUAUGAAUAUGAAUAUGAAUAGUGAUGUAGAUACAACUGAUAAAAAUAUGCGGAGUUCUGAUUUUUUAUAUGAAACAGAUAUUGUUACAUUAUCAAAAUUAUUGAAAUUUAAAACUUUAGUAUCUAAAAAGAUUAAUAAUUGUAACCUUGUUCUACAAGAAUGCAUGUAUGAAAUUUCGUAUUCAUACGUUCCACCUUAUAGCAUAAAUGAUGUACUCGAAAAGUAUAAAAAAAUGGCUAUUUAUAUUAAUGGUAUCAUUAAUGCAUGUCAAUUACAAUUUAUUUUACUAGGUAGAAACAAUGAUAAUAGUAAUAAUAAUACCCAAUCACCUGAAAACUAUAUGAAACUACAUAAUGAAAAAGAAAUUAAAUAUGCUGAUGCAAAUAAGCUGUUAUAUGUCAUAGAUCAUUUGAGAAAACCAAUCUAUAAUUUACAUGAACGUCUGAAUAAAUGUCUCUAUUAUGUUAAUAUUUCAUUAGCAUAUUCAUACGAUGUAAAAUUUGAUAGGGUCUUUCGGAGCAAAUGCUUUAAACAAGAUGAAUAUAAUCCAAGAAUUGCUAAUAAAGUGGAAUUACCGUCAUUAGAAGAGAUUGAUUCAACUAUAAAAGAAUUAGAAUUGGAAUUAACUAGAUUCAAUGAGGUUUUCAAGGAGGAAAUAUUCAAAAUUGAUCAUGAUUUGUUGAGUCCAAAUGACGAAAUGUUCCUGUUUUGCUCAUUUUUGAUGAAUUUAAAAGAAACUACUAUUGAGACCGUCAAAUUGACAAAGGUUACAAAGCAACUAUUGAUAGAUAGGCAAACUCAGGAGAAAAAGGGAUGGAUUCGUGGUAAACGUGUUUGGUUCACUUUUUUGAAAAAUUUCAAAUCAGUGAAAAAAUGGUAUAUGGGUAACUCAAUUAGAAUCACUGAGGAUGAUACGUUGAAAGGUAUUAUUCAUUAUAAUAGACAACCAGAGCUCGUAGCUAGAAGACCAAAUGUGGAAGAAGAUGAUUUAUUAAUGCAAAGAACUAGUGCACAUAGAGCUAGUAUAUCUACAGAAAAGACCCUUUUACCUAUGACGAUAAGGGAUUCGACUGGAGAAAAAUUUAGGAUUGAUUCUCGUAGUCAAAUCGUGAAUUUGUUAAUAUGGAUUAAUAAUUUUUGUACACGUAGUAAAUCGCACUUUAUUUUUGGUUUUCAGGUAACGGUAGCAUUGAUGAUUUCAUCCUUCCCUAUGUUUGUUCCUAAAAUAAGACAGUGGUAUGUUGAUUAUGAAGGUGCAUGGGUUGGUUUUGUUUGUAUUUUGUGUAUGGAACCAUGCGUUGGUGGUACUUUCUGGGUUUUCUUUUUACGUGCUGUUGGUGUUGUUCUAGGUGCAUUUUGGGGGAUGGUCUCAUAUUGGUCUGGUGUUAAUCAGACAAAUCCAUAUUUAGAGACAGUUAUUACUAUAUUUGGUGCUGUUCCUGGAUUUUAUUACUUUUUAGGUACCCCUUACGUCAAAGCUGCUAUUAUCCAGAUUAUUAGUAUAUAUGUUGUUAUGUUAGCUGCUAUUAUUCCUUCAGAUCCUCCUCAUGGUAUUGUAGAUUAUUUUGCUAAGAGAUGUUUGGCGGUGGGUUAUGGUGGUGUAAUUGCCUUAAUUGUUCAAGUGCUAUUUUAUCCAAUAAAAGCAAGAGACCAGCUUACAUCAGAAGUAGCAUUUGUAUGUGGUUGUAUAUCCAAUAUGGAAUUAAUCUUUGCACCAGGUCUAGAAGGUGAAAUCACCGUUAAUUCCCUAGAGGAUUCAAAAUAUCAACAAAUUGUUAGAUUAUCAAGCUCUGCCAAAGCAGCUUUAGAUAGAGCUAAGUCAUAUAAUGGAUUAACUAGACAAGAGCCGCGCUUAAAAGGUGAUUUUAGUGAAUUAGAACAUAUUUUCACUCAGAUUAUCUUUAUUCAAAGACAAAUAGUGGAAAGAAUUGAUACAGCUGCAUUAUUAAGAAAACAAUACGGGUCCGCAAUCCUUGAAGAAUUGAACAGUGUUGUCUAUCCAUAUAGAAGACAACUAGUUGGUAAUUUGACUGUAUCAGUUAGAGCUGUUCAAGAAGCAUUCCUUAAUAAAACACCUUUACCCCAAUUUAUGCCAAGUACUAGAAUAUCGCAUAGAAGAUUAAUAAAUAAAGUACGUCAGAUUUUAGAAUGGAAGAAUCAGGAACGGAGAAGGUUAGAUUUUAAGAAGCGUCCAUCAGAUGGUUUACAGCCAUUAGAUCCAUUGGUAUCUCGUACGGAUGAGUCUUCAGAUAGCAGUAGUGGAUCAAAUGAAGGUUUAACGUUAAUUACACAUUCAAAAAAGUCCAAAUUGGACACUCAAGAAUUUUUAACAAAAGAAAAAUAUUUAAGUUGGAGUGCAUCAUGUGCAGCUACAGAAGAGAUUAUUGAAUAUAUUGAAGAACUGGUUUAUUUAACCAAGUUGGUUGUAGGUAUAAACGAAUUCAAAUAUGGGUUUUUAUCUCGUCCAUUAUAUGAGGAUUGGGCUGCAGAGGCUAUUAGAGGGUUUGAUGAUUUUAUUAAAGGCGAGGAUUCCAAUAACCAGCCUUCUUCUUUUUCUUCUUCAUUGUCUAGUGAUUCACAGUCAGAAAAUUUAACUACUAUUCCAAGCAGUGAAUGUGACAGAGAUAGUAAGCCUAAUGAUAACGACGGGCGUUCUAGUAUUAGUCCCAAUAAUAGUAGUCAUAUAGAAUUAGGUAUAUCAGACAAUGAUGAGGAAAUUAGUAUUGACAGUAACCAAGAAAUGGCGGGAGAAGCUGAUCAACCGGUUCAAUUUAAUCCGAAAUAUAUGGAUGACACUGAUAAUAGUAGCAUGAAUGAAUUUAGUCCCCCAAUUAUUAAUAGAAGAGAAUCAGUCAAUUUGGCAAGGAUUGCAACAUUUAAUAUUGAUAAGAAAAACCCAUUACCAAAGUCCUUCAGAGAUCGUAUUUAUUCAAUUAGUUUUUGGCCUGGUCUUGAAUUAAGUGCAUCUAAUAAGGUUGAUAGGACAAGAACUUUAGGUGAUGUUGAUGAGGUUCUAGCUGACAGAGAUGAAUAUGAUGAUGAAUCAGAUGACGACAUUCCUUUAGCAUUAAAGAGAAUUGUAACUAGUAUGAAGGAUAAACCUAAAUAUGAUUACAAUUCACAUCACCGGUAA